GUCUUAACAGACAAAAACCCAUGACGCCAAGCAAACUUAAACUAAAGCCAACCGUAACCUAAAGUAGUCCCCACUCUUGUCAUCUUCUUUCCCUUUCUGUCUUUUUAUGUUUGGCUCUAGAUGGAGCCUGUAACAUCAAAAUUAAUGCUUGCAGCAUAUAUAAACUCUGGUUCUCAGUUGAAUUUUCCCUUUUUGUCUUGAACAAAUCUAAGAUCGGAAGACCCUUUUGUCUGAAAUACAGUUUCAACAUGGUUGGUAUUUUUCCUGGAUUCUCUGUUGGGAAGGCUGGCCAUCGACGAUCCCAGAGUUCUCUUGUGGAAAGGGAAGCCGUGCCUCCAAAUCCGGAUGUUAUUGCCCCAGCUGCGGUUACUGCUACGGCUCAUGGUAUCGAAGUAAUGGCUGAGUUCAAACCAGUUGAACAUCCGAUCGAACCUUUGGACAACGACCGGCCGAUCCAAUGCCCGCUGCCGGAGCCUUCGAUUCUAAAUGAUGGAAGAAUAUGGAAAGAGCGAGUAUCGGCUACGGCUAGCAUACGACGGAGAGCUGAUUUGCCGGUAACGAAGGAGGGAGGCACCCUUCCAUCCGAGACCAAAGCUACUACCGGAACCAAACCCCGGCCGACCUUGAAUCGCAUGAUAUUACCAUCGGUAAGCGCCCCAGAACAUGAUUUAUUAAAUCUCCUCAAAGAAUGCAGUGCAUCUGGGAUCUAAGCCCUGCUAUCAAACGGAACACACUUCACCUUCAUUCCAAUAAUUUGCCCAUCGUCUAUAAAUUCCAACCUGUAUUUUGAUUUUUGCCACCUAUUUGGUUGAAUAUAUUUUACACCACGGAAACGGAAAUGAAAA